UCACGUCAAGUUGAAAUUUUAUUGUGUCAAGAAACAAAAAUUUGUUUUUUUUUCUUUGUCAUUUCAUUAUUCAUCACAGUCUUUCUAUGGAUGAACUGUCGGUCAUUUGAUGAUCGAUGGAUGCACGAUGAAGCCAGUAUUUUUGUUUUUUUGAACAUUAAUUUGCAAACAACAAAACAAAUUGACUGAAUAGUGAAAAACAGUUGUCACUAUAGGAAACAGAAAAUGAAUAUAAAUAGUUGAAUUGAAUCCAAUUGUAAUCAGGUUGAGUAAACAAGAAAAGUCGGUCAAAAGUUGUUGUUGUUGUUUUUUUACUCUUUCUAUUUUGACAUUUUACCGAAUCAAAUCCAUACAGUGCAUCAUCACACGAAUGAAUGAAUGAAUGAAUGUGAAUCAAUGAUGAUUGUGAAAGACGUAGAAAGAAAUGAAACUUGUUUUUUUUGUAUAUAUGUGUGUGUGCUUGGAGAAAAUUUUCUUCAUUCUCUUCUUGCCUUUCUCUCUCCCUCUCUCCCUCUUUAUAUUUCUAUUUUACAUACACAGAUACUUGAAGAUUUCUUUGUAAUGAUGAUUAUUACCAGUUUUGGUUGUUUGAUCACCAAAAAUUUUCUGUUCCUAUCCAUAAUGGAUCUUAGAUGGCGAAAAAAUGAAAUGAAAUUUUUUUUGUUUCUAUUAUCAUUUUCGGGGAAAUACUAGCGAUAAAAAAAUGGUUUUUUCCUGUCCAUCCACAAAGGAAAAAAAAUUUGUGUAAAUUCAACCAAAAAAAAAUGAUUUGAUAAUUUAAAAAAAAAAUAUACGGCUGUUUGACCACAGUGGUGGCGUUACCUGGUGAUGGAGAAUUUCAUUAUUCGCUAAUUGGCUCACCCUACGGUAUGGAAAAAACUGGGAAAAAAACGACGAGCAUGGAAUUGUUUUGAUGAUGAUACGUUAUAUGAAGGAUUCUUAAUCAACACAUUGAAUUUGUCAGCAAUCAUAUAUUUUCAAGAAUUUUUUAUUCCCGUAAAAUGGUUUGCGAAUCAUCUGAUCAUUGGCCGUUCUCGAUUUGGCCAUAUAGAAUCUAUGAAAAAGCAAUGGACGUUUUGAUGAAUUUAUCGGUUACGAAUGGAUAAUAUUUUAAACUGUCAGAAUAUUCUGUACAAGUAAAACAUACUGAAUUCAAUGAUAUACAACAUGACUGUAUUGACCGUUGUCAUUUGGAUUUUCAUUAUGGGUCCGAUGUUUGUUUUGGGUCAGAAUAUCAUUUCUGCUCAUUCGGGACAGUUGCUCAUUGUUUUACAUCAUGCCCUGUUCAACCAUGCUCUUUUCUUUUUCGAAAACACGUGCGAACGGGUCAAAUUCGUGUCUCGAAAAAAUUUACUGGCUGAAAUGAAUACGGCCAGUAAAUUUCGUUCGACGAUAAAGGCAAAAAGAAACAAACGGCGUCGAUCAGCUGCUGUAGCAACAAAUGUUUCGCAAUCACAACAGCCAUCGAAUCAUCAACAUCAGAAUUUAGUUUCGCCAUCACAUCAACAAUCAUCAUCGAAGUCAAAUUCAUUCAAUCAAAUGCUCGAACCGGCAAUCGAUACGAAUGCCAUUGGUGAAUCAUUUGAUCUGAUGAAAAUUCCUUAUGCACCUAUUCAGCCAACAUUUGAUUAUUAUUUGGCGAAUGAUCAUUUUCCAGCUGCCAAUAGUUCCGAUGAUUUGGAUGAUUCAAUCAAACAGGCGAUCGAUGAACGUUUACCGAAAAUUAUGCCAAGAUCGGAUGAUAUUACAAACCUAUCGCAAACUGUUUCAAAAUUAAUGCUCAUAUUGGAUCGUUUAAAAGCAUCGCCUGAACAAAUUGACGCCUGUAAAAUUGAUUGUUUUUUUGUUGUUGGAUCAUUACGGAUGGGAACAAUGGUUCGUGAUCAUCGUAUAGCCGAUAUGGUCAUAAUAUUGCAAACGCUUCCAGUAAAGGCGGCACUUUCAGCACUGGGAAAUAAAUUACUAGAAGAAUUACAGCGUAUUGAGCCAACUAAUCCAUACCAGAUUAAUCUAUGUGAUGAUAAUCUCGAACUUACCAAUCUUUUCAACAGAGAUAUUAUCCGUAUAUUGAUUGCAACGACUACGGCCAAUCUAAACAAAUUGGAUCGAGAAAUCCAUGUUCGUAAGAACGCCGUACAACGGCAUCUAAAAGCGACCGUUCAUGCUCGUUGGUUCGAAGAAAAUAUAAAAUGGAAUGAUGUAAGAGAUUUUAUCCGACUUUUCAAAGAUGUAUGCGGCCGUUUUAAAGAAUUUUCCUAUUUCUCACCAUGGAUGAUCAUCAUUCUUUGUCAUUAUUCAAUGACAUGUACCAGUGGAACUAGUGGCGAAGAUAAUCUACCAAUUCAUUUGGCAUUUAAAAGAUUAUUACAGCUACUAUCAUCGGGAAUAUUUUUACCUUAUUCGGCCGGUAUAACCGAUCCAUGUGAACCAAAAAUGCCAAUUCAUGGAAAACUAUCAGUUUAUGAUCAGGAAACCAUUUCACGCCAAGCACAAACCUUAUUACGAUUACUCAACUAUCACAAUGGUUGUCGUUAUGUAUUUGGUUUAGAACGAUUUAUCAAUAAUCAUAAUAUUCAACAUGAUUCAGAUAAUGAUAGUGAUAAUUCAUCAUCUUCAUCAUCAAAAUUAACAUCGCCAUCAACAUCGGCUACAUCAAUGAUGAAACGUUUAGAUCUAAUUGAUAGAGAUAUUAUUGAUCAUAUACAAUCGAAUGAGGAUAUUAAUUUUCGUAAAUCUUAUUCAGUGUUCGAUUCCAAUGCAUAUGGGAAUCAUAAACAUUGGAAACAAUCAUCAUCAUCAUCACCACCACAACCACCUUCAUCAUCAUCAUUAUCAUUAUCACCCACAUCAUCAUCAUCAUCAUCGUAGAAACUAAAUAACUUUUUUUAACGAAAAAAUUAUUCACACAUCUUAUUUAAUUAUCUUAUCAACUUGUUUGUUUUAUUCCGGAAAAAAACUCAAUUUAAAAAAUUUAUUUAAAUUUUAAAAAAUCAUAUUGUUUGUAAUUGUACACAUUGUGAUAUAAUUGAAAUUAAAAUUUUGUCUACUUUUUUUUCUCUUUUUUUAAAAA